AGACUCCAUUAAGAUGUCUUAUCAACAGCAGCAGAGCAAGCAGCCCUGCCAACCUCCUCCUGUGUGCCCACCCCCAAAAUGUCCUGAACCUUGCCCACCUCCGCAGACCCAGCAGAAGUGCCCGCCGGUGCAGCCUCCCCCACCAACCCAGCAGAAGUGCCCGCCGGUGCAGCCUCCCCCACCAACCCAGCAGAAGUGCCCGCCGGUGCAGCCUCCCCCACCAACCCAGCAGAAGUACCCACCCAAGAGCAAGUAACAGCUUCAGAAUUCUUCAGGAUCAUGGAAAUUCGACAGUUCACCUGGCUUCCCUGCUAUUUCUACAUCUCCUCUUUUAACGCCGAUCAUAAAUGUAGAGGGAACUCCUCCAGUCUUUAAUCUGAAUUUUGCCUCUGAUGAUUUCUGAUACCAAAUGGUGGCCUUCCCGGGGCUAUUACACUGCUGGUCUCCAGAAGGUGGCCAAGCAAG